CCAACAAGGAAGUGUCGCAGUUCAUCACAUUUCCAUACCUAAGUUUUACUUCACUUUAAAGUCAAAACGGGGGCCGAAUGAACACAUUGUUGCGGCGCUGGACGCUGCGGCGGCUCUCAAACUUGAGAGAUCUCCAUGUCGGCGCCCCGGUGGCGACUUUUGACGUGAGGAAAGUUGAAUUAACUCCUCUGGAGCAGCGAAAGCUCACGUUCGACUCCCAUGCCAUGGUGACAGAGUUGGCGAGCAGUGGUUUGGACAAAUGCCAGGCCGAGCUGAUCGUCUCCGCCCUGGUGACGUUGACGACGGCCAACAUGGACAUCGUCUACAAGGACAUGGUGACCAAGUCGCAUCAGGAAAUCGCCCUCCAGCAGAUCAUGGCCCACCUGGACGCCAUCAGGAAGGACAUGGUGAUCCUGGAGAAGAGCGACUUUGCCAACCUGCGCUCUGAGAACACGAAGAUGAGGCGAGAACUGGAGCAGCUGCAAAACCGACUAACUGAGGAGAGUCAGAAAGUCAGAGCGGAAACCAAACUGGACAUCAACCUGGAGAGAAGCCGUGUUUCUGACAUGUUCACAGAACAGGAGCGGAAACUAAUGGAGGCGAGCACAGAUUUCCAUCAAAAGAGAGCCGAGCUAGAACAUGACAACAUGGAGACCAGCAAGAAGAUGGACCUGCGCGUGGCUUCGCUCAAAACCGUCCUGGAGUCACUCAAGCUGGAGACCAUUCGAUACCUCGCAGCGACAGUGUUCUCCUGCCUGGCCAUCGCUCUGGGGGUUUACCGGCUGUGGAAGUGAAGCGUUGUAAAGCGUGUCGUUUUCAUACGCCUCACAAAGUAGUGCCAGCCAGAACCGCUGCUUUUAAACUCCCUGUUUAUUUGUUUUUAUGUUAAAGUGGAAGCUUCAGUUAUAUAAUCUGUUUUAAAAUUGACAUCAGGACUGUUUAGUGAUGUGUAACACAAGUUUACAUACUCGUUUGUUUUUUAAAGGAAAAUAUGAAGUUCAUAAGUUGCCAAUCAUGAUGUUUUGAAGUAAAAUUC